AAAACAACUGUUUAAUAGUCGCCAGUGCUCUCAGCGCAGUUUGUCCUGACUUACUGACUGAGAGUUUGGUCUCCAUGUUUUUAAACACACUGUAGGCCUCCAUCCAAGAUGUUCAACUGCAACCCUGUCCCUGUCUUAUCACCUCCUCUGAUAAAGUCUGGAUACUUUACAGAGUUUUUUCUUGUUUAAAUGCAGUCUUCAGAGAGUUUCCUUAGACUGAUUCUAGUUUUCCAGAGACUUCUGGCCUGCUUUACUUGUUUUUAUGUUGACUGCAGUUUUCUUUUUUAACGUUUAUUAGUUUUUACGCAUCCCCUGUUCUCCAUUCUCACGCACCACGGCGUGAAGCCGACCGUUACACGGAGUGAGGCUCACCUGUUGAUCCCACAGAGUCGUUCAGUCUGGGCAAGGAGGAGGACCUCUUCUCAGCCAGCCGUAUGCGGACCUGCUCCCGGACCCUUCGGGCUCUAGCCAUCGGGUCAGGAGAGGGGCCGUCCGAUGGAACAACAUAAGCGGUGCGGGAGGAAUUGGGCUGCAGCGCGGAGAGAAAGCAGCCCUCUGCCACGGCUGUACUCAUACUUACAGAGGAGAGUAGGAACCUUAACCCUGCUGAAGAAAGAAACGCAAGGGAGACAGACGAGCCCGAGGUGGGUGCGGCGCGUCCGUGGUCUGGAAUAGGGCGGAUACUAUGAGCAGCCUGCUAUUGGUAGAUCAGAAAGAGGCGGGUUUCUCCACAGUUCAACAUCUGGAAGCCCUUACAGCAGGGGCUCAGUCAUUCAGUAACUCAGUCUCUCAGUCCAGAGUGGAGUACCACAGCCACAGAGAUGUCUUUCAUUAAAGUGGAUGCCGAGUCCGACUUCUCCUUUCAAAACCUUCCUUAUGGAAUAUUCUCCACUUCUGAUAAUCUUAAACAUCGCAUCGGGGUUGCUAUUGGAGACCAGAUACUGGACCUGAGUGUGAUAAAGUCUUUGUUUCAAGGGCCUGUGAUUUCAAAACAUCAGGAUGUCUUUGAACAGACAACACUCAAUGCCUUCAUGGCUCUUGGCUAUGAGGCCUGGAGGGAAGUCAGGAGGACCUUGCAGGUGUUGCUGUCAGCCAAUGAGAGCACGCUGAGGGAUGAUUUCAGCCUCCGGAGCAGAGCGUUUGUCCAUCAAAGUGUGGCCACCAUGCACCUUCCUGCAGACAUCGGGGAUUACACUGACUUCUACUCCUCCAGAGAUCAUGCCACCAAUGUGGGCACCAUGUUCCGGGGGAAGGAGAACGCUCUGAUGCCGAAUUGGUUGAGGCUUCCAGUGGGAUACCAUGGGAGAGCGUCAUCAGUCGUUGUUUCUGGGACCCCUCUCCGCCGGCCCUCAGGCCAGAUGAGACCAGACCAGACAAAUCCUCCAGUGUUCGGCGCCUCUAAGCAGAUGGACAUUGAGCUGGAGAUGGCCUUCUUUGUUGGUGGGGGGAAUCAGCUUGGGGAGCCCAUACCCAUAAAUAAAGCCCAUGAACACAUCUUUGGCAUGGUUCUGAUGAAUGAUUGGAGUGCCAGAGACAUCCAGGCUUGGGAGUACGUUCCUUUAGGUCCUUUUCUGGGAAAGAACUUUGGAACCACCAUCUCACCGUGGGUCAUCCCAAUGGAGGCGCUGUUACCAUUUGCAGAGGCCAACCCCAUUCAGGAUCCGGAGCCCCUGUCCUACCUGCAGCACCAGGAUGCAUACACCUUCAACAUCAAUCUCUUUGUGUCUCUGAAAGGACAGGGCAUGAAAGAGGCAGCAACCAUCUGCAGGUCAAACUUUAAGUACAUGUAUUGGACCAUGAAGCAGCAGCUCGCCCAUCACACAGUGAACGGCUGCAAUGUCAGACCUGGAGACCUGCUAGCUUCUGGUACAAUCAGUGGACCUGAUCCAGAGACUUUUGGCUCCAUGCUGGAGCUGUCCUGGAGGGGAUCGAAGAGCAUAGAUCUUGGAGGAGGAGAAACCAGAACCUUUCUGAAGGACGGAGAUGAGGUCACCAUCACAGGUUUCUGUCGGGGAGAAGGAUACAGAGUGGGCUUUGGACCCUGCACUGGAACCAUUCUUCCUGCACUGCAACACUGAAACACUCAUUUUGUCUAUGUGGGCAUUUUUUGUGCAGCAUGAAUACUGAAGCAUCCACCGACAGUAUUUCUGACCCUGCCUGUAGCUUUACAGCAGAUUAAGUUACCCUCAACCAGGUGUGCUAAAGAACGAUUCCUCUCACCCAGAAACCAUCUUUCUGUUGAAAUGUUCAUUUCUAUUUUGGUAUUAAAUUGGUAAGCUCUGCCCAGUUGUGCUGUUUUUGAUGUUUUUAUGGAAACCUCUGUGAUUUACAUUCAGCAUGGGUUUUUCCACAUCAGAGUAGGAGCUGUACGGUGACAGGUGUUACUGAUGUUCUGUGUCCUGGCUGCUGAUUUUUCAUUAAAUCAUUGAAUCUCUGUCUCAUUGA